AGAACGACGUAUUCCGAGAAUCGCGUCCUUAGCAACCAAGACUUCCCUUGCAAGUUGCUGUCAGAGAAAGCAUCUUUACAGCCUCAGCGGAAAGUCAUUCAUUUAGUCAAACGUGCACCUGGUAGGAAAUGUGUCGUUAUUAAAAUAGGUGUGUCUGACGCUGCAAAGAACGACAGCGAUUAGUCAGAAAAAAAGACAACGUUAGUGAACGGAAAUGUUUAAUGUGGUCACUCAACCUGACUCGACACUUCCGUUGUUACCGAGAAACAUGGCGGAUAAGCGGCGUUCGGGAGUGAUGUCUGACUCAAAACCAACAACCAAAGCAGAGACGGACCAAGAAUUCUUAUCUCAGGCAGGCGUAGGAGUUUUACUUCGAGGUGCGUUGCUUAAACUCGUAGAGGCUAGAUCUGAAGAUCCUAUUGGUUUCCUGGCCGAACACUUCAGCAAUUUAGCCGAAACGGACAACAGUCCGGUCGGAGGCAGUGAUGGGGAGCAUCACUGUAAUGUACUGGAGCAGCAGCAGCUUAGCCGAGCCUUGUGGCACAUCGGUUUAGCGCAUCAUUCGCAAAGAUCAGCAUUCAAUAGCAACACACGUGUAGCCUAUGACCUCCUCAUGCAGAAUGGGCCUCGUCGCCGUGGUGGUGCUGGUGGUGUCAAAGGUCGCGUGUACACGGAGCUGCUCCGUGGCUUAUGCAGCGAGGGCGGCCUGUCCGUCACCGCCUCUGCCCCGCUCCUGCAGCGCAUUCAUUGCCACGACCACGAGGCGGUGCCCUUUGAGCUCUUCCGGCAGGGCGUGCUGACCUGCGCCGUGUUCGCCGACUACAUCCGCAAGUCCCAGUGCCUGUACGCGGCCGUCAGCAGCUGUCCCGAGCGGGCCGCUGACAGGGUGUUGUGUCAGGCCGUGCUGGGGACCCUCCAGGAGGCCCUGGAAACCACCUCGGCCUGGGCUGACGUGGCCCGCUACCUGGAGGCCAGCAUGAAAAUCUCACCGGGCAAGCUGGCUCAGGCCAUGGCAGAGGCCCAGGGGCCCGACAGAGGUGGGACAGGCUCCACCAUGGACGCGCAGGAGUUUGAGGACACCGCUGCCAAGCUCUUCCUGGUCAGAGUGCGCAUUGUGUCUUAGAGAGAGGACAUUGUCACUUCUCUGAGAGACAACAAGACUUGCAGCAAGACUUGUAGUGGAAAAAGUCAUGGUAAGAUGUAGCGCUGCACAGUGUAAACGACUGCAGGGCAUGAUAUCAAAGAUAAGGCUCAUCUGUUCUGUGCAAUCAAUAUGCAUUUACCUCACAUGGCCAUGUUUUGUAAACACUUACUGGAAUGUGAGUUAAUGAGAUAUUUAGGUCAAAACAAUUUAAAGAUUGAUCAAAAAGCUUGAGCAAAAUGAUUUAGACUAGGCCUAGAUAACAACUUUAGUAUCUCACAGAUUAUAUGUUCCUGAUUACACUGACCCUGAAUGUGACCUUGCACUGUUUCACGUCAGUUUGAUACAACUGGAACUUGAUACUGUGAGAAGGGUGCUUGUUGAACGCAGAACACCCAAGCCAGGAGGUUAAGUAGAGCAGAGGUUAAGAGUUCCAGUUGAGGAGAGCAGACUAUGGUGGGUCUUAGCAUGCAAUAUUUGAAGUUUUUCCAAACCCAUGUCAACUUAGCUCCAAGAGCCUUAUUCUUGUGCUUGUUUGAGAUAAGACUCCGUCGGCCAUGACGCAGCUGACACAAAUAUACACGGAUAUGAUGAUAUUUAUGCCCAUUAUCGGGCCUUGGUUUCAGUAAAUGUGUAUUGUGACUAUAUUUACUUCAUAUGUUUCAGAAAGCGACAUCAUCAAAAUAUUCUUUCUACUUAGAUGUAAAAAGGUAUAUGUCACCUGAUAUUCGUCAAUAAAUUAAUUAUUUCUUAUGUGUAACAAGAA